CCUCAUAAAUUGAACCACUUCCCUCCACGAGCAAUCGCUCAAACCUUCAUUCCGCCACUAGAACAAAACUCUAGACUGAAGAUUCCGGACCACGUUAACGAUGACUAUUUCAAGCGAAGAAAAAGGUAUCUGGCAAGGAAGAAGGGAAUAUUUCCACUGCCCGUAAAGGUAACCGAGCGGAGAAAUACCAAUCAGAAAGCAAUCGAUGCACCUAUCUGCAACGCAAUCAAAGAAACCCUGAACACAAAUCACUCUUCGGUUAAUUUGAGAUCGUGGCUCAUGUUGAAUAAGAGGCAAUGUCCUCAACAUGAUGUUGUAAUUUUGCUGUUUACAAUAAAUUGUUUGUUG